AUGCCCAAGUUAAACAAUACCUAUAUCAACAAAAUCAACUUGUCUAGAGAAAUCCUCCAAUUGCCUACGCCGCCACUACAGCAUCAUCAUCAGCAGCAGCAUCAGCAGAUCAAAAUGGAAAACAAUUUUAACGAAAACAUCAAUUGUAUUAUCGAUGAAGAAAUAUCAAAUAGCAUUGACUUAAGAAGUAGUCCUUCAAUCAAGAAUGAAGAUGACGGUGAAGAAGAGUACGUAUUAGACGAAAACAAUAAUGGGAACUUUCAAAAGGGGGAACCUGGAAUAAAGAAAAUUGCACGCAAGUCUUUAGCAAUUGAUGCUAGUAUACCAAUAAGUUUUGGACUUGCUGUUGCAGCUACCACUAAUGCCAAUUGCAUUCAGGAGUUUACACCAGACUUGAAGGUUAAAAGAAGACGAGCAAUUACAUGUGGAGAGCCCGGAAAACGCAAGCGCAAGUAUACAAAAGCCAAGCGAAGAAACACAAUAGGAUGGAAACCUGAUUAUAGCGAUGAUGAGAAUAAUAAUGAUGACGAUGAGGAUUAUGUGGAUUAUCAAGAAGAUGGGGAAACAAUUGGAAUCAAUGAAGAAGAGGAAGAAGAAGGAGAAGAAGAAGAAGAAGAAGAACAUGUAUCCCUAGGGAAAGCUCGGCAAGUCACACAGAAUAAUUCUCGAAGCCAUGCACGAAGAUGGACUGAGUCUGAUGAUGACAAGGUUGCAUUUUUACGUGAGUAUGGUCAUUUAAAGUGGCAUGAGGUGACGGAGUUUAUCAAUGGCAGACACACGCCACAAGCUGUUCAAAUGCGAUAUCUGCGGAGUUUAAAGCGACGCAACGACCAGCUAACGUCAGAAGAAACGGCCAAACUGGAGCGAUUAGUGACGGAGGACUACGAGACACGAUUCAAAAGAUUAAGCACAGCAAUGGGACCUGCAUUUACACCUGUACGCAUACAAAAGAUAUUUUUGCAACAGUGCGGGAUGGGGGCAUACUUGGACUCACAAAAAACGUGGACCAAGGAAGAAAUUAGUCGACUUGUAGACGAAGCUGGAGGUGAUUUUGAUAGCUUUGAAGUACCUAUUAGAUCAGAUGAGCUACCUCAGCGGGCACGAGAGCAUAUGGCAGACAAGUAUAGCAAGACGUAUGAAGAACUGGUGGGCAUGUACGUUGGUGGUGAUCCAGCAGAUGUUGUAAUUCGCGAAUGCUGA